AUGAGAAACCGUGUGAGAAACGUCAAUAAUGAUUUCAUGUCAAUACACGUUAUUGGUGAGAACGACUACAUUUUCACAAGUCAGUUAAAAUUAUAUGCAACUGAUUGUAUCGUUCAAAAAUGGAUGGAAAAAUUGGAAAAAGAUGAGGGAUACAAUGGUCAGUGUUCAUUAGUUUAUUCUCCGCCAUCGUUUAACAGUUUAUAUGGACAGGAAAAUCUGCCAUUAAUCUCGCCCUUAUCUCCACCGACACAAGAGAGCCACGUCGAAAACAUGGAGUAUUCUCUACCCACACAGGAGAGCCCCGUCGAAAACAUGCAGUAUUCUCUACCCACACAGGAGAGCUUCACCGAAAACGAUGGACCAUUUGGACCACAGUAUAUAUAUAACUAAUUUUAUUUGUACUAUUGUAAUUUUUGUGUAAAAUAAAAA